AGGAGAGAGAUGGCGAUCCUCUAAGAUCCCUGCAGACAAACCCAUGAAGGAGGAACUUUCAACACAAGGGCAGCCAGGGAGCGAGAAAGAGAAAGAGGCGAGAAGCCUUGGGCUCGCAACGGGAGAAGAGAGAGAAGGACAUCCUGCUCCUUCUAGUGUUGGUGGGGGUGGCUAGUGCUUGCAGAGAGAGGGAAGGCAGCUCUGGAGGACUAGGAGCGCAGCCAGAGCCACAUCUUUUCAACAUUUCUCAACAUUUCCUCUUCCCCUUGCAUGGAUCUUGCGCUUUCCAGGAAGAAGGAGGGUCCCUCAAGACAUUGUGGCUGUGCAAGAGGAGAGAUUGCUGCUCAAUGAUCAGGAACAAGAAUCCUGGCUGGUUAUUCCCCUGUCUUACCCAGGAAUGUUGGUGCCAUUUGUAACAUCCCAUCCUUAUUAAUUGAAAGGCUUUGGAAGUAAUGGAGGCCCUACAGUGCGAUGGAUGCGACUACCGAGCAGAAACCUACGAUGAUCUUAAGGCUCACAUUCAGGAUGUUCACACUGUGUUUUUGCCCCAUGUGGAAGCUGCUGAGGAGGACGGCAGCCAACCUCGAUCUGUUACACCAACUCAAGAUCCCGAAGCUGAUGUGAACCUUCCUGCUGUGAAGACUGAGCUUGGUUCUCCAGUGGAAACAGCAGCACAAAACUCUUUUCAUCCUGGCUCUUCCAAUUUUGCCAGUAACAGCCCAUUAGUGCUGUACAGCCAUCAUGUUGAUCAGCAGUCAAGACCUGCCAAUAAGUUUUUUCAGUGCAAGUACUGUGUCCGCUACUUUCGAUCCAGGAAUCUUCUCAGUGAACACACUAGGAAGAUCCAUGGCCAGGUUGAAGGACCGUCAUUUGGCGGAGAGACCUCGGACAUGGCCCCACCUCCUGCACCUUCUAGUUACCACGUCCUCUUGCACGAAGGUUUCGGGAAAGUCUUCGCUUGCCGCUAUUGCACGUACAAGAGUCCCCGACGGGCACGGAUCGUCAAGCACCAGAAGCUGUGCCACAGAUCUGCCGCAAAGGUGCAGGAGGCGGUGGGCGAUGUGCCCAUGGAUGCGGUGGAACGCAGCAUCCUGGAGGCACAGGUGAAACCCUUAACCAAGUCGAGGGGCAGCUUUUGCUGUGAAUGGUGUGGGUACCACACCUCCAGGAGAGAGCGCUGGUGCGACCACUUGAUGAAAAAACAUCGGAAUCUUUUAGCCCAGGGUUUGGUGAAGAUCAUUUCGUCCUUGAGGCAGCAACAGUCUGGUUCAAACGGUAGUCCCACAAAGCCCCAACAAAAGGAUGUCCAACAGUCAUCUCCUAAUUCUAAUUACCUGCCGAUGAAGGUGGCAGAGAGGGAAAUGCAAUUACCUCAGUAUCCUGCACUGAAAGGCUCUUCGGGAGGCUCUGCAUUGAAACAGGCUCCCGCUGCUGUCCCCAGGUUUGCCCCCAUCAAAAUAAAGUUCCCCUUUCCCAAAAUGAAGCCCAAAGCUAUUCCCGAUUCUGGUGAAGCUGGAGUGACUGGGCGAUCCUCCUUUGCAAUGACUGACUUGAACGUGGCCAAUUCUGGUUUGGAAACCAGCAGCUUGUUAAGUGAUGAUCGGAGUAGCUCUGAGGAGGAUGAGCAACAAGACGUCGAUGAGAUGGACUCUUUGGCAUCCCAGAGCUCAGAAGGGUCUGGGAAAAAGCUGUUGACAGUUGGGAAUACGAAGCUGCUGGAAACCAAGGGGAUUCCCUUCCGGAAGUACAUGAACAGGUUCCAGUGCCCUUUCUGCUCAUUUCUCACAAUGCACCGUCGCAGCAUCUCCCGCCACAUUGAGAACAUCCAUUUGUCAGGAAGGACCAUCGUUCACAAAUGUAACCUUUGCCCCUUCACCUGCACCACUGCCCAGAAACUGGUGGCCCACAAGCAAUCCCAUUCCUCGGAAUGGGACACCGUGGGCUUGCAGAAUAGCAGCACUGCUCUAUUGAAUGACAGCUUGGUGACUCUGGAUGCAAAUCAGAGCCAAGUGGUGAACGGAGAAAAACCUGCCAUUGUAGGGGAUUCUAAACAGCAAUAUCCUUACAAAUGUACCAUGUGCAGCUAUUCUACAGUCACCCUAAAGGGGCUGCGUGUACACCAGCAACAUAAGCAUUCGUUCUGCGACAAUGCCUUGCUGGCCACUAGUGAAGAGACAACUGAUACGUUACAGGACACUACAUCAUCGCAGUUUGAUGCUCUCCCAUCACCAGGUAUUGUGAAAACUCAGACCUCAAUACUUGGGUCGACAUCAAAGAAUUCCUUUUUAUUUAAGAAAGGUAAAAGGUUGGUGACGGACAGCCCGCUGGACUUGUCUCCGGCGAAGAAACGCACCAGGAUUGACGAGAUAGCAAACAAUCUGCAGAGUAAAAUCAGUCAGGCCAACCAGCAGGCUAACGAGGUGGAGUCGGUGAUUGCAGUCGAGGAUGCUGAGGAGGAGGAGGAGGAAGAGGAAGAGGAGGAGGAGGAGGAGGAAGAGGAGGAUGUGGAAGUGGAAUUGGAUGUAGACGGUGAUCUAGAUGAGGAGGAAGGGAAGGCCGAUCGUCUGGAGAUGCAGAACUACACUUACAGCGGCCACCAGAUGUGGGUUGAGGGAACGGAUGAAAUGCGCGAAGAGACUGGAUAUGGGACUUUGGAGCAGGAUUAUUCUGUCAGCAACAGUGCGGAGAUUGAAUUAACGCUUUCUGACGAUGAGGAUUUUUAUGGCAGUUCCAAUUCGACUGGGCAGUGCGAUGGCACAUCACGCAAGCAGGCUGGGAGUGCGGUUUACAAGAAAGCUAGCUCGGAAAAUAGGGACAACUUUCAGGAAAACUCGGAGGCAGCUGAAGACUCUGGCAAGAUUUAUUAUUGCAAACACUGCAACUUCAGCAACAAAGUGGCGCGCAGUGUGAGUACCCAUUAUCAGCGAAUGCAUCCUUACAUUAAAUACAGCUUCAGGUACAUUGAAGAUCCAACGGAUCACAGUGCGGUGUACCGCUGCCUCGAAUGCUUUGUGGAAUAUGCGGAAUUUGAAGAUUUGCGGCAACAUUAUGCUCAAUUCCACCCUGAAGCUCAGAACAUCCUAAACUUUCAUCAAGCCAACUUGACCUACAGGUGUCGUUUCUGCUCCUAUACAAGUCCGAAUGUGCGGAGCCUCAUGCCUCACUACCAAAGAAUGCAUCCAACCGUAAAGAUCAACAAUUCCAUGAUAUUCUCCAGUUAUGUUGUCCAGCAAACCAAUGAGAUCAGUGCAGAGUCCCAGACUCUGAGAGAAAUUCUCAACUCUGGUGUAAAGAAUAUUGGGACUUCUACUCCGCUGUCUCAGCGUGCUGCUUCUUCAAGCCCCUCCAACAUGAACUCUCCCAAGAGCAUGAGCCCUAAGCAGGGAGAAGCAUCGAUGAUCAGUGCUGUGGUGUACAGUUGCGAUGUCUGUUCGUUUUCCAGUCCAAAUAUGCAUUCAGUCCUGGUCCAUUAUCAGAGAAAGCACCCAGAGGAAAAGGCAUCCUAUUUUCGAAUUCAGAAGACAAUGCGUGUGGUUUCUGUCCAGAAUCCUGCAAUCAGUGCUCCGAAUGUUGUUGAGAUGGCUUCUGCAUCAUCAGCUAACGACCCUCCAGUCACUCCUCAGCCAGUUGAAUUUGAGCAGUUGUAUUACUGCAAACAUUGUGUUUAUAGCAAUCGCUCAGUUGUUGGUGUACUUGUCCAUUAUCAGAAAAGGCACCCAGAGGUUAAGGUAACAGCAAAAUACAUCAAACAUGCACCUCCGACUCCAGCCCUGAAGAAGACUAUGGAAGAGCUGCAGAUUACACCAGCAAGACCGCUAAUGACAAAGCACCUGAGCCAGGGUAACAAGAACACAUUUGAUUCUACUGACCUAGGUCCUCAGCAAAGAUUGGCCGAGAAGGGAGAGGGAGAACUAAUGUUCUUUUGCCAGCAUUGCAACUAUGGGAACCGAACGGUUAAGGGGGUGGUCAUUCACUACCGGAAGAAGCAUCGUGACAUCAAAGCGACGGCUGAGCUGGUCCGUCAGCACACUGCAGCAGUGAGAAGCCAGCGAGAGAGGGCGACGAACAACCAGGCCAGUGUCAGUGCGCCAAUGGCCACUGUGCAGCAGGAGGUGGAUGGCGAGCAGCUACGAUUCUUCAAGUGCCGCCACUGCUCCUACACGGCACAUUACCUGUACGCUGUGAAAAAACACCUGAGGAAACAGCAUCCAAGUGUGAAGGCCACGGUCACAACUAUUUUGCGAUGGGCCUUUCAAGAUGGGGUGGUGACUGCUGGAUAUCACUGUGAAUGGUGUAUUUACUCACAUCAGGAACCAAGUGGGUUAUUAAUACACUACCAAAAGAGACACCCAGAACAUCCUGUUGAUUACACUUACAUCUCCAGCAAACUCUGGGCAGGUCCUGAUCCUUCAGCCAACCCGUCACAGAUUGCACUCAUCGACCUCAAACACUACAAGUGCAGAGAUUGCGUGUUUGAAGCUGCCUCGAUCUGGGACAUUACAAACCACUAUCAAGCCUUGCACCCCUGGGCUGUCAGCGGCGAUGAGUCUGUGCUGCUCGACAUCAUCCUGGGGAAAGACGCAUCGGAACAAAACAAUCCGACUGCGCACGAUUACUCCGCUUUGGAUUCCUCCAGCAUUCCUGAAUCCAGCCCGGCCGAAGAAGAGAUGCCCUCAAAAGUCUCGGUUCCUUCUCCGAUUAACCCUCCCCCCAGGGCCUCCACCAGUUCUGUCCCCACUGGGUCUCCGUACCAAUGUAAGAUUUGCAAAUCUGAGUACAACAAUUUGCAUGGUCUUCUAACCCACUAUGGGAAAAAGCACCCGGGUGUAAAAGUGAAAGCAGCCGAAUUUGCCCUGGAAAAAGAUGAGAAGCCCAGCACCCUGUACAAAUGUAGACAUUGCCCGUAUGUUAACACGAGGAUCCAUGGCGUCCUGACACACUACCAGAAGCGGCACCCUUCUAUAAAGGUCACUGCUGACGACUUUAUGAACGAGGCUGAGAAGCUCCCCGAUGGGCAGAGCAACGAUUUGGAAGAGAUGACCAAAGUCCCAAAGCAAGGGUUUGGUGCCUAUAGGUGCAAGCUGUGCCCAUAUGCACAUGGCUCCCUGGAGAAACUCAAGGUUCACUAUGAAAAGUACCACAGGCAGCCAGCCAUUGACAUGUUCACCGAUUCUGUGACUGAGACGGUGGAACCUGAGGAACCAAAUACCUCUGAAGAAUAUAAAGAAACAGAAGUGAGGGACUCUUCUCCUGUGGUUUCCCCCUUUGUAAGUGGCUGCUCAGAUCUUAGUACUUUAUUUAAAUGUCAACUGUGCAAAUACUUCUGCUCCUCCAGAAAGGGCAUAGCAAGACACUACCGUAAUAAGCACAACAAUGUCCGAGCCCAACCAGAAGGUAAGAACAACAUCUUCAGAUGUGCCUUGUGUGCAUACACUCACCCGCUCCGCAAAGGGCUGGCUGCUCACUACCAAAAACGCCAUGAUAUUGAUUCAUACUACACGCAUUGUUUGGCUGCCUCCAAAACGAUGAUCAACAAGAAACCGGAGAAGCUCAUCCUUCCAGUCGAAUCCAAACCAGAGUCUCCUCCCCUGAGUGAGGAACUCAGGAGAGCAGUGGAGAAGAAGAAAUGUUCACUGUGCUCAUUCCAAACCUACACGAAAAAGGGUCUCGUGUCCCAUUACAUGAAGCGACACCCUGGGGUCUACCCCCGAAAGCAGUACGUGAGCAAGUAUAAUGGUUACUUCACCGUUGUGUAUUCUGAUGACAAGGAAGAGUGCGGUGUUAAGGAUGAGGUCACUGCUGUAGAAACUACUGGAAUGACUAAUGGGAGAGAGAGUGAAUGGCUCCCCUUCAAAUGUGUGAAGUGCUUCAAACUCUCGUUCAACACGCCAGAGCUUCUUUGCAUGCAUUACACGGAUCAUCACAGUCGGGACCUGAAACUAGACUUCACGUUGCUUCCUGGCAGUACUCGCUCUCACAGUCCCACCUACGAGUGCAACCACUGCUCCAGUAAGAUCCUCAGCACAUUCGAACUGAGCACUCAUCUCACCCAACACAAUGAGUGUUUCAGUAGACGGGCAAAACUGCAUUGUGAAAAGAUGAAGGUGCUCAAGGUAGACCAGCCUGAUGGGGAUCCACUUAAAGGGGAAGAUCACCCUGAAGAAUACCAACCUGUAGAAUAUCACCCUAAAGAUCAGCCUGAAGAAGAUCAGCCUGAAGAAGAUCAGCCUGAAGAAGAUCAGCCUAAAGAAGAUCAGCCUAAAGAAGAUCAGCCUAAAGAAGAUCAGCCUAAAGAAGAUCAGCCUAAAGAAGAUCAGCCUAAAGAAGAUCAGCCUAAAGAAGAUCAGCCUAAAGAAGAUCAGCCUAAAGAAGAUCAGCCUAAAGAAGAUCGCCCUGAAGAAGAUCGCCCUGAAGAAGAUCGCCCUGACUGGGAAGAUCAGCUUAAAGGGGAAGAUCAACUUAAAGGGGAAGAUCAACUUAAAGGGGAAGAUCAGCCUGAAGGAGCAGAGGAAAAUCCUAAAGAGGAGAAACUGAAAGAGGAAGGGAAACCAGAGACUACAGAAGUAGAAAGCCACAAGAGUCAGCCAGCUAGUGUCCAGACAACAAGCUCCAUUUCAUUAGUUAAAGAGCGGAAUGUUGUGGGGUACAAGUGCAGUUUCUGUUUCGAAGUCCAUCCAACGCCCAGAGCUAUAUCGAACCACCUUCGCAAACACGUCGCCUUUGGCGAGUCGUUAGAUGCUGCUCGGAGUGGUGAAGAGGACAAAGAUGGCGACAGCACUUCAAUAUGUUCAGCCGAAAAAUCAUUGGAGAUGUUACCGGAGCAGCAGAGUUUGGAGGGAGAGGAGGACGCCACUGGGGUGGAUGCUACUAUUGGAGGUUAUCCCUGCAGUCAGUGUGACCGGAUUCUCAUGUCCUUGCAAGGGCUGCGUUCCCACGAAAGGAGUCACACGGCGUCCGCACUCUUCAGUCGCGAAGGCAAACAUCACUGCCAGUACUGUUUGUUUGUCACUGCUUUCCGGCAGAACUUGGAACGCCACAUGCAAAACCAACACGGACACCAAAAACCAUUCAGAUGCAAACUUUGCUCAUUUAAGACUGCCUUUAUUAGUGGCCUCAAGAGCCACAUACAGAGAGCUCAUGCUGUGGAGUGCACGUACAGGUGUUCCUACUGCUCCUUUUCCACUCUGAUGGUAAAUCAGCUGAAACAACAUGCACUGAAAGUGCACGGCCAUGUACUGACCGUGUCCAAACUCCACACUGACCUUCCAGCAGCGUUCACCUCUGCCGAAAGCCCAUCACAGACUCAGUCCCAGGCUGAGGGAGUAGCAGAAUCAGAUGACCCCACCUUCUUAAAAUUUCCCUUCGUCAGAAACAAAGAUUCUUCAUACUCUGAGCCACCAGAUGUCCAGCAACAGCUUAACCAUUACCAAACGGCUGCGAUGGCAAGAAACCGAUCCAGCCCCAUCCCGGUACCCUCUCCAACUGCUUCCUCGGAACAGAUAACCAAGGGCUAUUUCAGCUGUGAGUUCUGCCAGUUUAAUUCUGAAUACAUUCAAAGCAUGAGGCGCCACUAUCGAGACAGGCAUUGCGGCAAGAAACUCUACAAAUGUAAGGAUUGUCCGUUCUUCACCGGGUUCAGGUCUACAUUUUCUAUGCAUGUUGAGGGGAGCCACACAGCUCCUCCUGUUGAGGGUCCUAAGGACCUGCGUUGUCCUCUCUGUCUGUACCACACGAAAUACAAAAGCAGCAUGAUUGACCAUAUCGUCCUUCACAGAGAGGAGAGGGUUGUCCCCAUUGAAGUCCGUCGCUCAAAGCUCUCCAGACACUUGCAAGGAAUUGUGUUUCGUUGUGAUAAGUGCACGUUUACCUGCUCUAGCGAUGAGACUUUGCAACAACACAUGGAAAAGCACAAGGAAAUGAAACCAUACAAGUGUCAACUGUGUUACUAUGAGAGCAGAAUAAAAGAUGAUUUGGAGAACCAUCUUCAGGAAGAACACAAAGUAGUUCGCAACUUUGAAUUGGUUGGUCGUGUCAACUUAGACCAGUUGGAUUCUAAAGAAAAGGACUGGUUGAGCAGUGAAGAGGAGGCCAGAGAAGAAGAAAAGAGCAAUGUUGUUGAACAAAGAGGAAUUGAAACAUGCCCUGGAAGUGGCAUUCGUAUUUACAAUGAGAAAAGAUUCCCCUGCGAGUUCUGUGGCCGCACGUUUGCCCGUGGUUUUGAUUGGGAGCGUCACAUUCAACGACACGGAAUGGCUCUAAGUGAGACCAAUCAUCAAAAAAGUGAAAGCAGCCCAGUGACAGAGAAUGCUAGUGAGGAGUAUAACACUACACCUUCAGGAGUGCAAGAGCAUUCAGAUUCAGCUGACAAUUUACAUACAGAAGUCUCUUACCAGGACGUGCCAUCCUGUCCAAUCUCUGUAGCAUUAAUAAAGGAAAACUCCCAGGAUCUAGAUACUGAGACCAAAAAUAAGAAGCCUGAGCUAUGUUAGUAUUCUUGAAGCAUUGUGCAAGUUCCUUCUAUCCUCCUAAUUUCCCCCUCCCCCACCCCAUGUUCUCCACUCCUCGCCUAAACUAAUGAUUCACUUUGGCACAAAGUUCUGUGGGUCCACUCGGCCCUCUGUACCUCAUCGAAGUGUCGGUUCAUCAUGUGAGAGUCUGAGCGGUAAGUACUGGCUGACGAUCGGCUGAAAGAGAUAGACGAACAGCUCAGCCCAGUCCUGCUAUUGAUGUCUCCACACACGGGCACUGGAGUGUGAUCGGGAGCCAGAGACCCUGCCAAUUUUUACCUCUCCUGGACUGAGGCUAAUUGUAGAUCCUCCUACUGCCACCUAAGGUCAGAUCUCAGAUGGGAAAUUAAGCCUUUUGGACACUUCUGGACUGUGUAACUCUGGGUCAUAUACCAUGCGGUGUUCACCUACUGAGCCAUCUGGGGAGCUCUCCCCUCUUCUCCUCCUUGCUCCGCUCUCCUCCUCCCACCCUCCCCUCCUCCUCCUUGCUCCCCUCUCCUCCUCCCUGCCCCCUUUCCUCCUCCUCGUCCCCCCCACUCCCUUCUCCUCCC